CUGCUGAACAGCUUGUGACUUCAGUCGAACCUACAGGUAGGCGAUCCUGUCCUCCAAAGCUGGAAAGAGACUCCAUUCAUCUCUCUGUCUUCUCUUCUGCUGCAGUCUGUGUAUUCUUAUGGACAUUCUAGUGGUUUUGGGGAACUCUGUGGAGCUCUGUGUCGCUGUCAGUGGUGCAGAGUUACAAAGAUAAUUAAAUAAAUAACUACAUACAAAAGUUCAACAAUGACUCAAAUAACGAGUCUGAAGCAAUUCUGCAUGUGGUAACAGUCAGAUCAGUUGCACAGCUUUUCCAUGCUUCAAAACAUUACAGUAAACAUUUCUUUUUCAGAAGGAAGUCAUUGCAUAAAACGACACUGAAGCAACGAUACACAGCUGCAGCGAUCCUGCCUUUUCACUUUCUGUCCAUUCCUUUGUUUCUUUUUUUUUUCUUUUGCACCAAUUACAUUCAGAUCCCAACCCAGGAGGCGGUCUCUAUCAGGGAGUCUUCAGUGUUUUCACUUUCCCAAGAGCUCUCAUAACAUCAUCUCUCCAUCUGCCUCGGAUUUCUGUGUCUUCUCCAUGGCGUCCUCUCUAGAAGACGAUCUCUCAUGCCCAGUGUGUUGUGAACUUUAUCAGGAUCCUCAGCUCCUCUGCUGUGGACACACUUUCUGCCACCAGUGCCUCAAAAAACACUGGACUGUAAACACGGCUCGGACAUGUCCGUUGUGUCGCAGGGUGUCUCUGCAGGAGUCUGUGGACAACUUGGCUCUGAGGAGCACCAUCGAGUCCUAUCAGAGGGAGAAAGAAAAGGAGAGGAAAGAGCGAGAGAGCGACGGUGAAGUCAAAUGUUCUCGACAUGGAGAGAAAAUCCAGUUCUUCUGUAAAACCGAUGAUGAGGUCAUAUGUUCAAAGUGCAGGAAAGAUGGUCACAGAUUGCACAGAGUUCAGCAUCUCGCACACGCUGUACGACAACACAAGGACCGAGUUAAAGCUGCGCUUCGUCCAGCUGAAAAAGCUUUGCAGUCUUUAAAGAAUGGCACGAGUCAGCAAGCUCAAAUUGCCAAGUACAUUCAGUCUCAGGCGGAGCAGGCAGAGAGGCAGAUAAAAGCAGAAUUUGAGAAAUUUCACCAUUUCCUCAGAAAGGAGGAGGAGGCCAGAAUGAGAGCACUGAAGAAAGAAAUGGAGAGAAAGAGAGGAAAUGUGGAGGAAAGGAUAGAGCAAGAGAUACUGCUUCUUUCUGAAAGAGUGAGGGAAGUGGAAGAAGAAAUGGAGACGGAACAUGCCACAUUUAUGCAGAAUUAUAACUUUGUCCUGCAGAGAGCUCAGCGCACAGUGUUGAAUUCAGAGUUACAUUCAGAAAAUCUCAUCAACAUGGCUGAGCAUGUAGGUAAUCUGGGAUACCGAGUGUGGGAGAAGAUGAUGGACAUCUUUCUUUACUAUCCAGUCCUCCUGGAUCUGAACAGUGCUCCUGAGGACUUUUUCAUAUCAGAUGAUCUGGCAAGUGUUGGAAAAUCAUUCUACAUCCGGCCAAAUCCUAUUCCAUUUCAUGGGAACCGUUUAGUGCUGGGAUCUGAGGGCUACAGUGAUGGUUUCCACUGCUGGAACAUCGAGGUGGGAGACAGUAAGCACUGGACUCUCGGUGUGUGUCAACGUUCAGCAGACAUGAAUUUGAUACGACCUUUGACUGCUGAAACAGGCUUUUGGGGUCUCAGUAGAAACGGGGAAUCCUACAUGCUCCUGACAUCCUGCAAAUACUCGUUCCGGAUACGCAAGAAGCCAAGAACAGUACAAGUACAACUGGGAUGGUGGUAUACCUUAGGCAACCUGAAAAUAAGUCGGAUGGUGAGAUUUGUGGAUGUAAGUGAUGGAUCUGUGAUUGCGUGUUAUACUGGAAUUCCCAGCGGUGUGCUGCUGUUUCCAUUCCUGAUUCCAGAACAGCGUUUUUCUUAUCUGCGCAUUACUCCUGCUAAUCCAGCCCUGGUCAUCGAGCACACAAUUGUAGAGAGACAAAAAAGUCAGAUACCUGUUUAUUUAAUAUAUUCUUUCAUGGCGGGUUUUAUCAUUUGUAUGUUAUUGUUUGGAGUGAAGUGAGUAAACGAGUGAGUGAGAGUGAGUGGGUUUUUAAAAAAAAAGGCCUUCAACGUUGUUAAAUUUUGGCGUAAACUAACUCUUAUUUAGAAGCAUGUUGUUAAAAGCCACUUCUAAUGCAAUACAAAAAGCUUGAUGUUUUAUUAUUAUUAUUAUUAUUGGAAAACCAUGGUUGAGAUAUGAAUUGUACAUGAACGAACCUAAAUAAAUACAUACAGAAUAAGUU